AAUUGAAUGAUAGUCAGCAAGACAACGUUCAAAUCGACGACAAAGCAGUUGAAGAAUUGAAUGAUAGUCAGCAAGACAACGUUCAAAUCGACGACAAAGCAGUUGAAGAAUUGAAUGAUGAUCAGCAAGACAACGUUCAAAUCGACGACAAAGCAGUUGAAGAAUUGAAUGAUGAUCAGCAAGCCAAUGUUCAAAUCGACGACAAAGCAGUUGAAGAAUUUAAUGAUACUCACAACGACAUGUUGAAGGAAGUUGUUAAAGGACAACCAGAAGAAGAGGUGCAUAUCGACGGCAAAUCGAACGAAACAAUAAAAAGUGACGAGUCAAACGUCAUCAAAAACGUCACCAAUGAAAGCAUAAAAGAUGGCAAGUCGGACGAAAUUGUUAAUGAUGACAAAUCAAGCGACGCCAUUCACAAAAGCAAGUUGCACGAGGCCAUUGAAAAUAAGUCAGACGAAGUCUUUGAGAAUAAACAGUCGAUCGAGGCUACUAAUAAUGAUAAGUCGAACAUAGCCAGAAACGAUAAAAAGUCAAGCGUAGUGAUUGACGACGACGAGUUGAUUGCAGCUAUUAAUAACUUCAAGCAGAAAAACGUCAAAAUAGAGACAAAGCCAGAGUCUCAAUUACCGAGACCACAGCGGAGAAUAUCCUCGUCCUUUAUGGAUUUCAGACCUGAGAGCCGGACAGCUCUGCAAUUCCAGAGACAUCAAGAAAAGCUUCAAGAAAAACUCAUGGCUAAACCGAGCAACUCAUCGGAUGAUCAAACGGAAAAGAAAUCUCCGGAGCAACUAGCGUAUGAAAAGAAAAUGCAAGAAAGGCUGCUCAGGAGGCAGCAACUGCUUCAAUUGUGGCAAGAACCACCCCGUCCCCAAAUUCAACUGCGCCCACUUUUGCUUUUGCAACAACAAUCAACUGAACAUCUUCAAUUUCCUCGCCGCGAUAAAUCUCAGACGCCACCUCAAACGCCACCUCAAGAGAUUCCUCAACCGCAACCCACGCCGAUGCAACAGUCAUAUCCAAAAUCACAGCUACCAGUGACUCAUGGAAGAGCGAAAAGCCUUUCGGAGGGGUUGAAACAUCAACAAACAAAUUAUGAAAGCGCGGUCGCUGAUAAUGGUGACGCGAAUUCAGAUUCAACGCAGCAGGCGUUUAACGAGACUUGGCAUAAUUCUGCAACUCGUCGACGUGGAAGUGAACGUCUGUUUGUGAAAAGGCCUAGUGUAAGCAGUAUUCCUGUUCCUUCUGCAUCUGCUAAAAGCGAUUCAUCUAAAUCAUAG